CGCUUGACGGUAGCGGUGGGAGGCAGGCCGGCAGGCAGACGGCCUCGCAGGCGGGUGGUGGCGGCCGUGCUGGCUGCUGAGGGCGGGAGCGAGUGAGUCACUGCGCGCGUGUGAGGGAGGGAAGGAGCGAGGGAGCGAGCAGCCCGCGCCCGCCGCCCUCCCGCAGCUCCCGCCAGGCCCCCCGCCACCGCCUGCCCUCCGCCCAGCGUCCAGGCCGGGCCGAGCCGAGCCGGGUCGGGCCCGGGCCAUGCUGCUCACCGUGUACUGUGUGCGGAGGGACCUCUCCGAGGUGACCUUUUCCCUCCAGGUCGACGCCGACUUCGAGCUGCAUAACUUCCGCGCGCUGUGCGAGCUCGAGUCUGGCAUCCCCGCCGCCGAGAGCCAGAUUGUCUACGCAGAAAGACCUCUCACGGACAACCACAGAUCCCUGGCUUCUUACGGCUUGAAAGAUGGAGAUGUUGUAAUUUUGCGACAGAAGGAGAAUGCAGACCCUCGUCCUCCAGUGCAGUUCUCAAACUUACCCCGGAUUGACUUCAGUAGCAUAGCUGUGCCUGGCACGUCAAACCCCCAACAGCGCCAGCUGCCCAGAGCACAGGCUCAGCACUCAUCUUCUGGAGAAGUAGCAUCGUCUCCUCAAGGCUUAGACAACCCAGCCCUGCUCCGAGACAUGCUGCUGGCCAACCCUCACGAGCUGUCCUUGCUGAAGGAGCGUAACCCACCCCUGGCAGAAGCUCUGCUCAGUGGAGAUCUCGAGAAAUUCUCUAGGGUCCUGGUAGAGCAGCAGCAGGACCGAGCUCGGAGAGAACAAGAAAGGAUUCGUCUGUUUUCUGCUGACCCCUUUGAUCUUGAAGCUCAGGCAAAGAUAGAAGAAGAUAUAAGGCAGCAGAACAUCGAGGAGAACAUGACGAUAGCUAUGGAGGAGGCCCCAGAGAGCUUCGGCCAGGUCGCCAUGCUCUACAUCAACUGCAGAGUGAACGGGCAUCCUGUGAAAGCCUUUGUUGACUCAGGUGCCCAGAUGACUAUUAUGAGCCAGGCCUGUGCAGAAAGGUGUAACAUCAUGAGACUGGUGGACCGUCGGUGGGCUGGCAUCGCCAAAGGAGUGGGCACCCAGAAGAUUAUUGGAAGGGUGCAUCUAGCUCAGGUUCAAAUUGAAGGUGAUUUCCUGGCAUGUUCCUUCUCCAUACUCGAAGAACAGCCUAUGGACAUGCUUCUGGGAUUGGACAUGCUUAAACGGCAUCAGUGUUCGAUUGACUUGAAGAAAAAUGUACUGGUGAUUGGCACCACAGGCUCACAGACCACCUUCCUUCCUGAGGGGGAGCUCCCGGAGUGUGCCCGCUUGGCGUAUGGAACUGGGCGAGAGGACAUACGGCCAGAGGAGAUUGCAGACCAAGAAUUAGCAGAAGCCAUUCAAAAAUCAGCAGAGGAUGCAGAGAAAAGCAGUAAAGAAUCUACCUCACAGGGAAUGUCAUCGUUGCUGACUUCAGAUGGAUUCAGCCCUCCAGCCCCUUCUUCCGGGCAGAGUCCUGAGGUUGGCAGCCCUACGAGUCUCGCUCGCUCUGUCUCUGCUUCAGUCUGCGCCAUCAAGCCCAGUGACCCCAGUAGCAUUGAACCUAGAGCUGUGGAGGCCAUGAAGACUUCAACUGACUUUCAGACUAGCUCUAAGAAAACAGACCCUCCUCCUCUGCAGGGUCCUCCUGAUCUCGCUUCCCCAGCAGACCAGAAUCCAGCUAUGCCUUUUCAUAAUUCAUCUGAAGAAGCAUUUGUUGCAGAUAAUCCAGAGAAAUCUGCUGAAGGAAGAACCCAGGACCUCCGAGUUUAUCUCCAUACAAGACAGGACACUAGUUUCUCUCUCACAACUACUGGGAUGCAUGAGCCCCAGGUAUUUGUGGAAGAAAAGAAUUGGCAUCCAGAAUAUCAGAACCCAAGUCAAGUGAAUGGCCUUCAGCAACACAGAGAACCACACAAUGCGAGUGGACGGCAGAACGUUCCACAUGACCAAGAAUGUCCUUGUGACACAGAAGACCUUGAACUUCAUGAAGAAAAUCAACAGGACCAAGAAAAAAUUGUCAGUUUGAAAGCUGUGAUGAAAGGAGAUGAACUUCAGACAAAUGCUCAUCUUCCAAGUACAGAGAAAAGUCUUGUAGCUUCAGGGUACUGUAGCUGUUCGUGCUCAGAAACCCUGAUGGAAGUGGAUACAGCUGAACAGUCUCUGGUUGCUGUGCGCAGCUCAACAGGCAGGCAGAAUGCCAGUGUCAAGAGCCCUGGAGCAUCGCAUCUCACUUCAGAUAAUCCCUCAAUGGAAGUGGAAACAGGACAGUGUAACGCCUCCUGUGAAAGCAUGGAACAUUCCAUUUCAGCCCGGGGUUUGCAGCUCCCAGAAGAUACUGUUGAAAUGUCUAUGAUGGAUAGCAGAGAUAGCCGCAGUUCCCCUUCCCCUUUAAGUGAUCAUGGUCACCCCUCUGUGGAGGCAGCUGAAGAAUUCUGUUCAUCUGUCACAGUGGCCUUGAAAGAACUGCAUGAACUUUUGGUCAUUAGCUGUAAGCCAGCUUUGGAAAAAGCACCUGAAGAUGUUGCCUGUCAGUCAGAGAUGGAAGCUGAGAGCCAAGCAGGUAUUUUUGACGUUUCAGGAAAGAGGGCCCAAAAUGAGCAUCUGAUCCCUAGUGAUCAGUACCCACAAGUUUCCUGUCACCAGGCCACCUCUGAAUCAGAAAAGACAGACAUUGUAGGCACUACACCUUGUGCUGGGAUAGAAGAUAAAGCAUAUACUAGCUUCAGGGGUCUGGGUGAUAGUUUGUCAAAUGGCCGAGAAGUUGCCCCCAGACCAAGGGAGUUGGUCAGGAAGAACUGUUCUGUCGUCAUAACCUCAGCCAAACCAUCUGAUGAGUCACGCUGCACCUCAGGUGUAGAAAUGUCACCCACAUUUGCAGUAGGUGAGGAGGGUGCCCACAGUCAGCCUUCUGAGCACAUGCAGAAUCCAGGCACAGACGGGCCAGAGACCAGCGAUGUCUGCCCUGGAGCUGCGCCGCCCUUUCGUGGAUUGGACCCACCUGCUACACAGCCCUUGUCUUCUCCCUCCGCUCUGCCGCCGUUCAUCUUUCCCGCCGCAGAUGUUAACCGGAUUCUUGGUGCCGGCUUCACUCUGCAAGAAGCCCUCGGGGCUUUGCAUCGAGUUGGUGGGAAUGCAGACCUUGCACUUCUUGUUUUGCUCGCAAAGAACAUUGUGGUCCCUACGUAAUUGUGGGACAGUGGGCUUAGCCCGUACUCCAUUCCGUUUGUGAAAGCCCUCCCCACACAGAUGCACACUCACCACACACACACAGCAUACGUAGAAACCUGCAAGCAAAAUGUUGAGCCAGAUUUUUUUUUUUCCGGCCAAAGUAAUUUAUGAUCUUUUGUCUGAUGAAUUUGUCUAUUUUACUUGUUAAAAUUUGGGCCUUUUAAAAUGUAUUAGCAGUAUGUGCAUACAAAAGCUUUUUAUUCUCAUUAAGAUGAUGUAUUCUGGAAUAAAAUGGAUGGUUUUCUGUAUAGCAUACCAUUUUAGAUGAGUGAGUGCUUUGAAAGAGGAGCCAUGAGGAACCUGCCACCUGUGCAGCUCGGAACAGGUCAGCCACCUGCUGUGACUCUGGCUGUGCUGUGUGCAGGAUGUGGCUGAGAACAGGACGCUGGAGACGAGUUCAAUAACUUCUGGAGUUGUUUGUUUGAUUUGUGUGCUCAGGGGUGACAUUUAAGUAGGAUGAGCGGGAGGGCUUAACACCUGAGCUGUCGUCUUGUGCAUAAUAGGCUGCUGCAUGGAUUGAUUGCCAAAUACCUUUAUGACAGAGGGUGGGGUAUGGGAGAAUUCACAUUAGAGUGAAACAUGGUGCUACUUGUAUUUAAAAAGGGAAGGGGAAAAAAACCUGAUCAUAAUUCCAUUUGCAAAUGUCAAGGACUGUGAGUAAAAGAUAAUGGCUUAGACGAAACACUGGAAUGUACUAGAGAUAGGGCUUGGGGCAUCUCACUGACACCCCAGCCCUCAGUGGCCAAUGGUGAGUCCAGCUUCAGCUCACGGGUUGGCCACCUGGAGCCUAGCUUCUGAAACAUGUCUGCUGGGAGGUUCUUCCCACGUUCAGUCUAAGCUCAGAGCUGAGCAAGACUGAACUAGGAGAACCUUUGUCCCUGGUCCUCUUGGUGCUUAGACUGGGUCCGUCUGUGAGUGUCCUUCAUGGCAGUGAAUACAGCUGAAGUUCUGACUACAGUGGCCUUGGUACAGUGUUCAUCCCUUUCUUUCCUCAGGAGUUUCUUUUUCUAAGCAGGAUCCAUGUUUGUGUUCACCACGUUGAGGUAGAGUUGGGGUGGAAUGUGUAGAUGUGUUUAUCGUGGCCUUUUUAAUGUAAGUUCUCGACUUGCAAGUUGUCCUGUGGGCCCUACUGUGCAGUGAUCCCUCCGGAUAGGGUUGGAAGCAUCCUUUCCUAGAACAUAAACUGUUGUCUUAGAUGUCUGGCAGGAAUCUGGAAUCUUGCUUUUCUUGAAAAGGAUCUUGAGGGUAAUUCCUGGUUCCCGGUGAGAGUUUGCAGUUUGUUGAAAUGGAAGUGUCGAAAUCGAUUUCUGAACUAAGCAUUAACUGAUUUUUGUCUAAAGUCAAUCUCUCCCUUCCUCCGCUCUGAAAGUUUGUUCUUACCAUCAAAAUUAAAGUCAUCGAGCACAGACAGGUUCAUAUCUCAGGGGUUUUUGAAACCUUAGGGGCACUUACAGGGAUUUGUUCUCUGAUCCAUCCUUGUUUCUGCCAUACUAUUUGUGUGCCGAGACUCACUUCAGGACAUGAUGGCAAGUCACACAGAGUAUCAUGAUCCUUUCUGGAAUAGGAGAUGGUUUCUGGAUGGCCUUGCGGUUUCCUUCUCUCCAUUAAAUGGCACUCAGAACAUCAGGCUAGCCAAGCAGUUCUUUGUUUCAGAUGAGCACAGCUCAUCCACUCUUUGCAUGUUCUGCACCAAAGAUGUAUGUUGGUAACACGAGGAAACUGCUCCUGGGGUUCUGUCCCCGACUCAGCUGUGGUUAGAGCCAGAUCAAGCAGCAGCGCAGUGAGGCCUGGUAUUUGCUUAGGGGGUGGGUUGGGGUAUAUUUUAGGGUUACAAAUCUUUGAGGCCACAGGAUGGGGUGGGUAGAGAAGGUACUGAUGACAGACCCACCCACCCACCCCAAGGCCUUCAGAAGAAACUGACAUGAAAGCCCAGUGGUUUGACUGCUGACUUUUUACAAUGUGGAAGUUUGGGAGACAGCCCUAGGCAGAAUGUCGAAUACCAGUCUGGAAAAGAUUUCAUUACAAUAGCUUUUACAGGUGUGUUUCUUUUUAGAAGCAAAAUGAUAGGCCAGUAGUUUACACAGAUACUCUUUUUAGGAAUCCAUUGAGCUUAACUCAUUUGCCAAAUACUUUGUUCCUUUGGGUCAUUACUUUCUUUUCAACAUAUACUUACUUUUGAUUUUUAAACUGUCAAAAAUAAAUUAAAGGCCAGGCAUGCUGGCAUAUACCAGGUGGUAGGCAGAUCUCUGAGUUCAAGGCCAGCCAGAGCUACAUUAGUGAGACCCUGUCUAAAAACAGAAAAUCUUUUUAAAAUUAGGAAUUGGUUGGCUUAAAUGGAGCAGUCCUAGAAACAUGGCACUAGUCGACUUCAUUGUCAGUUUUCAUUUAGUAACUAACUACCAAGAUCAAAUCAUCGUGAAUCCUAGUGUUCAGGUGUCAGAUUACAGCCAUAACCACAAGGGCAACUCCUUUACCAAACCGUGCCGGGAGGUUCUGUGGCCGGCACUUACCUCCAGUGGUGGUCUCCAUGUGUGCACCAAAGAGGAUUUACCUGUAAAACCUGUGCUGACGCUGGUGUGUGGAAGGGGCUUGUAGCCAGACAGUAUAACUGCGGCUGGGGUUUGGCCCUUUGCUUCUGUGAAGGGCUGUUUCCAGGUGGGGUAGUUCAGGCCUUGAGACAGCCAGAAGCCUUCGCCCCACAGUUUGGGCUGUGGUGUUGACAGGUGAAGACCGGUUGCUUGGCAAAGGAAGCUUGAGUAAACGGUGAAUGGUGUACGACAACCUCUUCCUCAGAUCCUAGCCCCUCUGAUCGAAGUGUCCACCCAAUGCAUUUCUUUGGCAAGAGGGUGCAUAGGAACGGGAUAGGGACCUGGUGUCACUGAUUUUAUAACCAGCUUCUGUAGCUUCUGCCUGUUCGUCCCUCUCUACAGCUUUCUAUCUCUAGCGAAAGCCAUAAGAAUUUGUUUCAACUCUUCAGCUCAUGUCUAUAAAUAAAUAUGUACGCUAUCAUAGAUAAGGUGAUUGACAAAUAUCUUGCAUAGUUUGAAAAGCAGCUUUUAUGUCUACAGAUGCCUGCACAUCUGGCGGCUUUUCUUCCUACCAUGUAUAUAAUAAACUGCCUUGCAAAUAAUUGCAGGAGAGUCAAGGCAAAUUUUCUUUUUUUGUUGUGUGUUUUUUGUUUUUUGAGAUAAGAUCUCACCAGAGCCCGGGCUGGCCUCAAACUCAUGGCAGUUCUGCCUCAGCCUCUAGAACGCUGGGAUUAUAGGCUCACACCACCAUGCCCAGUUCACACAGUGCAUUCCAGUUGCUACCUGUGGCGAGCAUGAACAAUGUGGCUGAACUGACUGGUGUACCCCUAGCAAUGGCAUGGGGCUUGGGGGCAUGGCUGAGCAGUAGAGCUACUGCAUAGCAUGUGAGGUCCAGGGUCUGAUCUUUAAAGUAAAAGCCAGUCCUGGUGAUGUAGGAGUCUGUGGCUGACUAAAAAAGCAAAGGUUACCAUAUAUUCCCCUCCUGGAGAAGGAAGGCCACUUGUCUCAGUAGUUACAUUAGAUAGCAUUUUGUGUUUCCUGGGAAUGAGUUCCUCUUGACAGCAGAAAGUCAACUCAGCGGUCCCUGAGGGCUGGCCCAGAGCUCCUGUGAGCUACCCAACCCCUUGAGUGUCGGUAGAGAGACCACAGGAAGGACUUCAGGGUGAGCCUUGGAUGUACUUGCUUUUCUUUUGUGCCUUAAUUUUUUUGAAUAGCAGAAGCAUCACAUCUUGGGAGUAUCAGGAAAGGCCAGAGGGGCAGCUCUCCUGGAGAGGGCUGGCCACAGUAUGUGGUCCUUGGCUCGUGGCUGCUUUGACUCACUCUUACCCUGCGUCAGUCAAACAUUGGGUCUCCCCGAUAGGAGGUUCUGUAUCCUAUAUACCAAAAAUGGUUUCUAGGUGUUUGUUAGGUUUUCUGUUGUGCAUUUUGUGCUGUUAGGGAGAAAUCAAAUCUUACAUUCUAGAUAGGAAGUUAGCGCCUGUCAAGUUAUGCAGUCUGAUCAAGA